AUUGCGGGAUGGACGGGCGCCGCCAGCCCAGCGCCUUGGCGUAUCAGCCGUCCGGCUCGUCCAGGUCGUGGUCCCACGGGAUGUGCCGCGAGGACGCGCGUCAGCCGCUGCCGAGCGAGCUUGACACAGUCUCACACCCGCGCUACAUCAUCGCUGCGCGGGACAAGCGAUCGGUCCGCUACAUCGGCAAAGGCAACCACGGCUACGACGUGGGGGCGAUCCGCACGGACCGGCCGUGCCCGGCGCGGUGCGCGCUCUAUUACUUUGAGGCGACGGUCCUCGACGCGGGCGAGCGCGGCGCGCUCUGUAUCGGCCUGGCGGGCGAGUCGUUCAGCCUUCAUCGGCAGCCGGGAUGGGAGCCAGACUCGUUCGGGUACCACGCCGAGGACGGGAGAAAGUACACCGACUCCGAGCGCGGGGAGGUGUACGGGCCCGCGUGGGGCGCUGGGGACGUGGUUGGCUGCGGGCUGGUCAACGCGACCCGGUCCAUCUUUUUCACGCGAAACGGGCAGCACCUCGGCGUCGCGUUCUCGGACGUGCCGCCGCAGCUCUACCCGACGGUCGGGCUGCACUCGCCCAACGAGGCCGUCGCUCUCAACUUCGGCGAGGCUCCCUUUGCGUUUGACGCGCGGGGCCACGUCGCGGCGCUGCGGCGCGAGUCGGAGCAGCAAGCGGCGCUGCACCACGCGCCGGCGGGGCUGGUGGCGGGGCUCGUCCGCUCGUACCUGCUGCACCACGCCUUUGCCGACACGCUCGAGGCGCUCGAGCGCGACUCGCGCGCCGCGGACAUGGACGUGGACGCCGCCGCGGGUACGGGCGCGUGGCCGUAGAAGCUGGAGGCGUAGCUGGUGCCGAGGACGGGCGGGUCGAGAGGGAGAGAGGGCGGGUGCUCGGCUGCACUCGGCACUGUCUCUCGGGCGGUCGGCCGUGUCUCUCGGCUGUCCUGUCGAGGCCGUGUGCCCUCUCUCGCCCUGCACGACCCCUCACCCCCCCCUCCUUCUCGCCGCCGUACGCGCUAGGCCGCGGCUGCACUCCACCGCCGCGCGGCGGCACCAGCUCCGCAACCUGCGAGGGAGCGCAC